CACGCACACGUGACUGGGCGCACAGAGGAUGGUGAGACAUACAACUGAGUGCGCUGGGCAGAAAGGGGCUGUGACAGGCCCCACGGAGCACAGGAAAGCUUGCAGGCACAGCACGGAUACUGUAAUAUGCACAGGAACGUGCCCUGGCAGUGUGUAUGGCGUGGCAGGCGAGUGUGCCUGAGCUGCAGGACCAGCUUCAGUGUCCCAUCUGCCUGGAAGUCUUCAAGGAGCCCCUGAUGCUGCAGUGCGGCCACUCCUACUGUAAGGGCUGCUUGGUGUCUCUGUCCUGCCACCUGGACUCGGAGCUUCGCUGCCCCGUGUGUCGCCAGGAGGUGGAUGGCAGCAGCUCCCCACCCAACGUUUCCCUGGCCCGGGUGAUCGAAGCCCUGCGGCUCCCUGGGGCCCCGGGGGCCAUGGAACCCGCAGUCUGUGAGCACCACCGAAACCCACUCAGCCUUUUCUGUGAAAAGGACCAGGAGCUCAUCUGUGGCCUCUGUGGCCUGCUGGGCUCCCACCAGCACCACCCCAUCACGCCGGUGUCCACCGUCUACAGUCGCAUGAAGGAGGAGCUCGCAGGCCUCAUCUCUGAUGUGAAGCAGGAACAGAAGGAGGUGGACGAACUUAUUGCCAAACUGGUGAACAACAGGACCCGGAUUAUCAAUGAGUCCGAUGUCUUCAGCUGGGUGAUCCGCCGAGAGUUCCAGGAGCUGCACCACCUGGUGGACGAGGAGAAGGCUCGCUGCCUGGAGGGUGUGGAGGGGCAUACCCGCGGCCUAGUGGCCUCCCUGGAGAUGCAGCUGAAGCAGGCCCAGGGCACUCGGGAACGGCUGGCCCAGACCGAGCAUGUGCUCCAGCAGUUUGGUAAUGAGAGCCACCACGAGUUCAUCCGGAAGUACCACUCCAUGACCUCCAGAGCAGAGCUCCAGCAGACACGGCCCUUAGAAAGCACAUUCAGCCCUAUCUCCUUCAAGCCAGGCCUCCACCAGGCUGACAUCAAGCUGACGGUGUGGAAAAGGCUUUUCCGGAAAGUUCUGCCAGCCCCGGAGUCUCUCAAGCUGGAUCCCGCCACUGCCCACCCACUCCUGGAGCUCUCCAAAGGCAACACAGUGGUACAGUGUGGACUCCUGGCCCAGCGGCGUGCCAGCCAGCCCGAGCGCUUCGAUUACAGCACCUGUGUCCUGGCCACCCGGGGCUUCUCCUGUGGCCGACAUUACUGGGAGGUGGUGGUGGGCAGCAAGAGUGACUGGCGCCUGGGCAUCAUCAAGGGCACCGCCAGCCGUAAGGGCAAGCUGACCAAGUCCCCAGAACAUGGUGCAUGGCUGAUCGGCCUCAAGGAGGGCCGCGUGUACGAGGCCUUCAGCUGUCCACGGGUGCCGCUGCCCGUGGCGGGCCACCCCCACCGCAUCGGGGUCUACUUGCACUAUGAGCAGGGGGAGCUCACCUUCUUCGAUGCCGAUCGCCUUGAUGACCUGCGACCGAUUUACACAUUCCAGGCUGACUUCCAUGGCAAGCUCUUCCCCAUCCUGGACACGUGCUGGCACGAGAGGGGCAGCAACUCACUGCCCAUGGUGUUACCCCCACCUGGUGGGCCUGGCCACCUCACCCCCCCACAGCCUACCAAGCUGUAGGCUGACCUGGUGCCGCCUGCCCCAGGCCCCACGCAUUGGGCACUGGGACCGAGGGCUUCCCCUGGGUGACAUCUUCACUGUUUGAGGGGGUCUUCCUGCCUCUCUGCCCCUGAAGCAUUUAUGACAGGGAGAAAGGCCACAGUCCCUUCUUUGCCAGCCAGGUGGGCUUAGCAGAGCCAGGCCUGGGGAGCCAACCUUGUCCCUCUCAACCAGGCCCUCUGCUGCCCCUCUUGCAGUGGAGGAUACACAUGUUCCUUCCUCUUUACUGCAAAUUUAAAACUCUUAAUGAAUUUGACAUUGCUUGUUUCUCUUUAAAUGAUCUCAUAGUUGCUAUAAAACAGUA